GUAAGUCCCAACAGAGAAAAUGGCUGCCAUUGUUGAGUGCCAAUUUUAGCCACGAAGGUCAAUCCCUUACCCAUUAUCUUUUUGUUUUUCUAUCUUUCCUUUGCACAUUCUCUCAUUUUCACUUUCUCAGCGCCACGGUUUUCUGUUGCAACUGCUGCUUUUAACUUCCCUUGGCCCACCUUGGCCACACCAGGAUUCUACAUUAUGGGUUCCCUUGUCUGUAUUAUCUUUUGUAAUCUUCUUUUUUCUGGUAUAAAUCCCCCAUUAUGCAGAGCUUCCUCCAAUUUCUUUUACGCCAAAAGAAAUCUAGUCUCUUUUUCUCUCUGGUUUGAAUGGUUUGAUAAAAUUGUUUUUUUAGAUUGAUGGAGGAGUACUCUAUUAGUUCAUCUAUACACAAAUCCGUUGCUUCCAAAGGAACAAUAACAAACAAGACCAAGGAUUCAGCUGAAGAGAGUGGAUGGACUGCUUACUUUGAAGAUUUCUCACAUAAUGAUCAUGAUCACUGUUCUAGUUUUAAUUGUAGUUCUUCCUUGAUCUCAGACGCUGCAACUACUGGUGCUGCAUGGAAAAUAUCCCACAUUAACCAUCAUGUUUUUGCCAGCUCUUCAACCUAUGUCGCCCCGCAAAAGAUUCCCAAGAAAACAAGAACCAAGGAAAUUUGUAAGGACGAUUCUUUGGAGGAUACUGCUAGUUCUCCUGUCAAUAGUCCGAGGGGGAAGGAAACUGCCUCAGAGAAUUACUCAGAGAUACAGAUUGAAGAAGAAAGCAAAAUGGAUUUUGAUCAUGAGAAGAAUGAUUGUAUAGAUCAGUUGAAGAAAAGAGGGCUGUGUUCAGUUCCCUUAUCCAUGUUAGUUAACUAA